GACUGCACUUCUGCACGUCAGAGGAAAACAUGCAGAGUAUGAGCUCUCCGGGAGGCGGGGGCCUCUCUGAGGACCAGUUCAGCUGCUCCAUCUGUCUGGAGGUGUUCGUGGAGCCCGUCUCCACACCCUGCGGCCACAGCUUCUGCAAAGCCUGCCUGCAGGGAUACUGGAACCACAGCAAGAAGUACCUCUGCCCCAUGUGCAAGAAGAGCUACUCCAAAAAACCUGAGAUGAGUGUCAACAGGGUCCUGGCAGAAAUCUCCUCCCAGUUCCAAGGGCUGAUGCUAGCUGGAGGAACUGGAGGGGCCGGGGGGAACUCAAAGGGAUCCACACUGAAUCUAAGCUCUCAUAUGAGCCAUGGGGGCUCCACAGGGUCCGAUGCUGGGGAGUUUGCCCGGGCAGGGGAGGUUCCCUGUGAUGCUUGCAUUGGGAGGAAGGUGAAGGCGCUCAAGUCUUGUGUGAACUGUCCUGGAUCAUUCUGUGAGGCCCACCUCAGACAUCACAAAAAGGUGAAGUCUCUGAUAUCUCACCGUCUGAUCGAACCCACUUUCCACCUGGAGGAGAAGAUCUGUAAGAAACACGAACGUCUCCUAGAGGUCUACUGCCGCACGGACCACAUCUGCAUCUGCACGGCCUGCGCCGAGGCCACGCACAAGUCCCACGACAUAGUCUCCAUUGAGCACGAGUGGAAAAAGAGGAUGAGUAAUUUGGGUAAGAAGAAGUCGGAGCUCAAACAUUUGAUCAAGGAGAGAACCAAGAAACUGGACGAGAUCAAACAAUCCAUUAAAGUCAUCAAGGCCAGCUCUCAGAAGGAGCUGGAGGAGAGCUGGCAGGUGUACGCAGAGCUGCAGCGCAUGGUGGAGCAGAGUCAGGCGGAGUUGGUGGAGCUGAUCGCCACGAGACAACGUGAGGCUGAGCGGCACGCUCAGGAACUGGCCCGAGGUUUGGAGAAUGAGCUGAGCCAGCUGAGGAGGAGGAGCAACGAGCUGGAGGCCUGCGCGCAGACCCAGGACAGAGUGGUCUUCCUGCAGCACUUGGCAACGCUGCCACCUCCGCCUGAGCCCACUGAUUGGUCAGGGGUCAGCGUCAACACCGACCUCUACCUGGGAACCAUCCGCUCCUCCGUCAGCAGCCUCAUAGACAAGUUCCAGGAGGAGCUCAAGAGACUGUACGGGAAAGAGCUCCGGAAAGUACAGAACUAUUCAAGUGAGGUGAUUUUGGACCCCGCCACAGCCCAGAAGAACCUAGUUGUGUCCGAUGACGGGCGCCAGGUGAGAUAUGAAGAGCGAAGGACCACCCACUCUGAAGGUCAGAAACGCUUCAGCCCCGCCCUCUUCGUCCUGGGCCGCGAGGGUCUCAGCUCUGGGCGGCACUACUGGGAGGUGGACGUGGGGCGCAAGACGGCCUGGACGCUUGGCAUGGCCAGCGCUUCAGCCCGUCGCAAGGGGGAGAUCAAGCUGAGUCCCGAGGGCGGAUACUGGUGCCUGUGGCUCAAGAACGCAGAGGUGAAGGCUUUGGCAUCGUCCCGACUGCCUCUGCUGCUGCCAUCCCAGCCCAGUAAAGUGGGGAUCUUCCUGGAUUAUGAAGGAGGCCAGAUUACUUUUUACGAUGUGAAGGCGCGGCUGCAUCUCUACACCUUUGUUGACACCUUUAAUGAGAGUGUGUACCCAAUAUUCAGCCCCUGUCUCACCCAGGAGGGAAAGAACUCCUCUCCUCUCGCUAUAACGCCUGUUAAACACACCUGAGACUGACAGCCAAUCAAAAGCUUGGCAAGUUAAUGCAUGGGUUAAACACCUUUAGGUCAAAAUAAGUUUGCUGCAAAGUGCAGAAACUUUAAAAAAAAACUGAGCGGAUUUCAUCCUUUUAUUUAAAUUAACCUCUCAAUGAACCGACUUUAUGAUAGAGACUUGCUUGCAGAGCACUUUACCGUAAUCAAAUUUCAAGCUAAUAAAAUCAAAACAAGUCAUUUUAUCUAUCAAAUUUAUCAACUACAGGACCUUGUCAUCAUGUGGGCAUUUUAUUGUAUUUGUUUAAGUAAAAUCAGGCUCAUUACAGAUUUCAUAAAGUCUGCUGUCCUGGCCGCUGUAUUUCUUGUACUUUCAGAUUAAACGAAGCCAAAAUGUAACAUGGAUGGUACUUUUAGAGCUGCCCCCUGAAAUCAUCUGUCGGAGACCCUUCAGUCAACUAAAACAGCUUCAAGUCGUGUAGUCUUGCCUCUGAUGAUGCACAGAGGGUAUAAGAUCAAAACAAACUUGUUUUUAAGCCUUCAGCAGAAACAAUUUGUAAUUUUUUUGUGUUGUUUGCAAGCGCACUGGGAAUAUCAUUUGUUCUAUCAGCAUCAAGGUUGUUUUAAUGUGUUAACGGGCUAACUAGCGUCCUCAAACCGUGCUGUCGGUCUUCCUGUUGCCUUUUUGAAAUGACAAAAAUACAACUGCCUGCUGGUAUGGAGAGUUAUUUCUUCACACACGGAGGCUGUAGCAUUUGUGUUGUGUUUAGGUGCAACUUUUAGGCAACAUGAGGCGGUGCAUCAGUCGGCCUUCAUCACCAAGAGUUGUUUGACGUUGGAUUGGUGUGUCUGGGCCUUAAAGGUACUGUUACUGGUAUUGUCAUUUUUUAACAAUACUCAGUCCUGUGCCAGAGAGGAUUAUAAAAGACAGAUUGGACCUGUUGUUCUAAUUAAUUUCAGCCCUGGCUCAUUUAAAGAGAGUUGAAUAAUGCUGUAAUUCUGGCACUUUCCUUACUGUUUAAGUCUUUGUUAUUGUUUAGAGGUUUAAGCAAUAAAUUUAAAUAUAUGUAAAUUUACUGUCUGAAGGUUUGGGCUUGCCUGGGGGACCAAAUAAGAUAUUUUUGUACAUACUGUAGAACUCUGACAUUGUUUGCAAUGGGCAUUUUUUUAAAAAACUUGUUGUUGAUCCAGGACCAUGGAGCUUUAUUGUGUAUUUUUGUAUGAUUUUUUUUUCUUAACUUUAUCAAUAAAGAUGAUCAGUCACAAAAAAA